CUCUGAACCAUCUCUGUCCCUGGCUCUACGCUUUUUUUCUUCCUCGGUUCUGUUCGAUUAGUCGCAUAAUUUUUCUGGAAUAUUCGAUUGUAUUUUCAGAUCUACUUUUGCCGACAUGCACAUCGCCUCAGUCCCUGGGCCUGCAGAAAGAGGUGCCGCUCUGCUACCGCGCAUCGUUACUUCAGACUUGGCCUCAGAGUUGGAACCCGUCUCAGACAGCAGCGAGACAAUCACACCCGUCUCGCAGCAUUCUAUCUCGUCCGCCCCGGAAUCUCAAGAAGCCGUCUCUAUCCCCAAAUCGGACGGCCCUUCCCCAAGCGCAGGUGCAUCAUCCAUAAGGGUACCGUCAACCAAGUUCUCCCAUACUUAUGUGGAGGACCCUUCCCUCGUGUUCAAUAAAUUCAUACUUUAUGAAAACCGCCUACGCUUCUACAUCGUUGCAUCCAACACAUCCGACUCACGUCAUCGGAUCAUCAAGAUCGACCGCACGUCUCAGGAUGAGCUGGAAGUCGUUGAAGACGAAACGGUUUACAGCGGAAAGCAGAUGAGCGCGGUACUCAAGAUGCUCGAGGACGGCAACCGAGGGUGUGGCGGGCUGGGCAAGGCGCGCGUGUUCUUUGGCAUAGCUGGCUUUGUUCGCUUCACCGCUGGGUGGUACAUGAUCGUGAUCUCGAAGCGAUCCGUUGUUGCAUUGCUUGGCGGACAUUACAUCUAUCACUGCGAGAAUACAGACAUCGUCCCUGUCUGCUCCAACCACAAGAUCGACAAGCCAGCAGAGGAGCAGCGACUUAUGAACAUCUUCAAGCAAGUGGAUAUGUCGAAGAAUUUCUACUUCAGCUAUACCUACGACUUGACAUCGACGCUGCAGCACAACCUCACGCGGGCGGGUCUGCCUCCGGCGCGGCGGUGGAUGUUCAAUAACCGAUUUGCAUGGAACCAUCACAUGCUAACGGUAUCUUUCGAUCAUGGCAAAUUCCCCGCAUCCAAAGCGCAUUGGCUCAUCCCACUUAUCCAUGGGCAUGUCGAUCAGGCCAAACUGACGGUCCUCGGGCGCGUCAUCUUCAUCACCCUCAUCGCUCGACGCUCCCGGCAUCACGCUGGCGCACGGUACUUGAAACGUGGCGUGAACGAUGAGGGCAACGUUGCAAAUGAAGUGGAAACCGAACAGAUCGUGUCCGAGACAUUGACGACGCCGUUCUACUUCCCUGCUCCUCGAAGCUCAGAACAUGAGCAACAGGCCCGCCGCCCGAGCCCGAACUUCACGAGCUAUGUUCAGUAUCGCGGUAGCAUACCCAUUUACUGGGCGCAAGAAACUACCAGUAUGAGCCCAAAGCCUCCCAUUGAAAUCAGUGUCAUGGAUCCCUUCUACACCGCAGCCUCCCGGCACUUUGACGACCUCUUCGCGCGCUACGGCGGGCCAAUCAUGAUUCUGAACCUCAUCAAGAAGCGCGAACCGGUCGCACGCGAAUCGAAGCUCGGCGUCGAAUACGCGCAGUGCGUCAAGUACCUGAAUCAAUUCCUCCCGCGGGACAAGCGGAUGAUUUAUCGUGCGUGGGACAUGUCGCGAGCGUAUAAGGAGAAAACGCAAGACGUGAUCGGGUACCUGGAAGACAUCGCGGAGGAGUCUAUCCAGACCACGGGCUUCUUUCACUCAGGACCGGAGCCGUAUUCGCAUGCAUUGCAAAUCGAGGCAGAGCAGAAUCCAGGCAUGACAUGGCGUAGCACGAUGUCACUCCAGAAUGGCAUCUGCCGCACAAACUGCGUCGACUGCCUUGACCGGACGAAUGCCGCUCAAUUUGUCUUCGGAAAACGCGCACUUGGCCACCAGCUGUAUGCGCUCGGUGUGGUUGAUUCGCCCAAUCUGGCGUUCGAUUCGGACGCUGUGAAUAUGUUGACGGAAAUGUACCAUGACCACGGCGAUAGUUUGGCAUUGCAAUACACGGGAAGCGCCCUUGUAAAUCGUGUCGAGACUUAUCGACGCAUGCCGCAUUGGAACAGUCACUCCAGAGACAUCAUUGAGAAUCUGCGCCGUUUUUAUGCCAACUCUCUUCUCGAUGCCGACAAGCAAACUGCUAUCAACCUCUUCCUCGGCGUGAAUCCCGACCGGCAAUCAACUCGCCCCCUCCAACGCGACAAGUAUCAAAAAUGGUAUAAAGAGGAGCACCUCGAGCCGGCCUACGUUUUAGAAGAGUGUCAGAAAGGCAUUAUGCAGUUUGUCAACACGCGCGGGGACUAUUGGAUCGAAUAUUAUCGGCCGCUACUAUUCACUUCUUUAGGGAAGCACUUUGCGUUUUCAAUGAAUAGCACGCUCAAGCUCCCUGGAAAGACAGCACGCGACGUGAACUACAGUCCGUUCCUGCCCCAUCACAACUCGUCACAUCACUGUCAUCCACGUUCCAGCGGCAGCAACAGGAUCUGGCUCAUGGAUGGCGUUCGACGCUGGAUCAGCUCAAGCCCAGCUCCGGGCUCUCGGAUCUCACACGUAGACCGGGCUAUGCGAUCAUACCCCAAACAUGCCGGAGACGCCGUCGCCGUGGAUCGAAAUUCCACUAAAUACAUUGCAGAGCAGCUUAUGGACCCGACGGUCUCGCUGAAGGAAGAGGACGAGUACGAGGAGUGA